AUGAGUGAUUUCGUUAAAGAAAUAGUCGGUUCUGGAAUCAGAUUGAACAUUCUCUCCACAACCCACCCCUCAACCUCAACCUCCAUCACACAGAAGUACACGAUUCUGGAAAAACCUAAACAAGUGAUAGCUUCCAAAAUGGUCUUUUGCCACCCGGUACCUUAUCCCUAUGCUGUUUUCUUCUGCCACCACUUUGAGAGUGACACCAGAUUCUUCCAGGUCUCAUUAGGAGGUGAGAAUGGAGAUAAGGUGGAAGCUGUAGCGGUUUGCCACAUGGACACUUCUGAUUGCGACUCUAGCCUCAGCCUGUUCCGCAACCUUGGUAUCAAAGCUAGUGCCUCCUCUCCGGUGUGCCAUUUCUUCCCGGAAAAUCAUCUUGUUUGGAUUCCAUCCCCAACAACAGCCAGUACUGCUUAA